ACUGGGAACAGUUGUUGGUAUUUGUGAUAGAAAAAAACAGAGGAAAAAAUGGGAGGAAUAAAAAUGCACAGAAAAACUGAUUCAGACGUAACCAACAACAGUAUGGAACAAUCCUCUUCAUCGCCGCCGCGUUCACCUCCCCGGCGACCACUCUACUACGUUCAAAGCCCUUCCAACCACGACGUUGAAAAAAUGUCAUAUGGUUCAAGUCCCGUUGGUUCACCACCUCAUCAAAAUUUCCAUUACUAUCUCUCUUCUCCCAUUCACCACUCGAGAGAAUCUUCCACUUCUCGCUUCUCUGCUUCGCUCAAAAACCCUCGCAAUAUUACUUCUUCUUCUUGGAAGAAACUCCAUAACCGUAAUGGCCACGAUGAUAUUGAUCAAGAGGACGAUGAGGAUGAUGAUAGUGUUUAUGAUUCUACUCGGAAUGUUCGUUUGUAUUUUUGCUUCUUCUUGCUUUUCGUACUUCUUUUUACUCUCUUUUCGUUGAUUCUUUGGGGUGCUAGUAAAAGCUUCAAGCCUCGUGUCUUUCUUAAGAGCAUAGUGUUCGAGAAUUUGAAUGUGCAAUCAGGUAACGAUGCCACGGGGGUACCAACAGAUAUGUUGUCAUUGAAUUCAACGGUUAGGAUCUUGUACAAAAAUCCGGCAACUUUCUUUGGUGUUCAUGUCACGUCUACCCCUUUAAUGCUUAGUUAUUACCAGCUCACACUAGCUUCUGGUCAGAUAGAAGAGUUCUAUCAAUCAAGGAAGAGUCAGAGGAAGUUAGCCGUGGUGGUAAUUGGAUCCCAAGUUCCACUCUACGGUGGGGUAUCAGUUCUUGGCAACAGUAAUAAAGAGCACUUGGACACUGUUGCAUUACCAUUGAACCUAACAUUUGUGGUGAGAUCAAGGGCUUACAUUUUGGGAAGAUUGGUUAAAUCUAAAUUCUAUAGGAGAAUUAGAUGUUCUGUCACUUUGCAUGGCAACAAACUUGGAAAACAUGUUAGUUUGACGAAUUCAUGUGUCUACAACUAAUUUCAUUCAUGUGUCUCGUACAUUUUUUGUUUCACAUUAGUUUCUUUGUAUGUUUCCAUUGGAUUAAUUCUGCUUUCUGUUAGUCCCACUCAUUUACUAUGGAUGCUGAUUUUGGUAAAUAUCUGAAUGUCAAUUUUAAUUUUAAUGUAAAUUGUGUUUAUCUCUAA